AUGAAGGUCCUCCGAGCUCUUUGUGCUAUCGCCUUCCUGGCGGUAGCGUUCGCCCUUCCUCCCAUGCCUGACAGUGUGGUCAACGCUGAAGAGGCUAUUCGCGACCUGUGGCGGCUAGCGCACGAAGGAGUGUUCAUGAACACGCUGCCGUUCCAAUACCGCGAACUUCAGGACAAGUGGGCCAACUUUCUCUACCACGAAGGCCCGGGUAUCAUUAACAGCUAUUACGACAGUGCAAAGCUUCCAUACUGGAGGUUGGUCUUCACCUCAUCCCUGUCUCUUCCGUUCUUGGUCGAAUGCUCACCUCUUGCCUCGUUUUGUGUCCUUGCAGCGCCGGUGGCCGCUGGCACGGACAGGAAAGGCGCGUAUACGACGUUUUUGAGGAUGGCCAGAUUCUCGGACACAAGGACGUACUCUUACACGCCGAGAUACGAUCCCAUGAAGCCAGAGGUGGCCGCACUCCUCGUUGAGAGAUUCGCCGAGAGGAUGCCCUCGUCCAAAGCCGAUUGGGGAAAGGAUCUCAGCCUUGCUCAGCCCGGCACGAGCCACUUUAACCCUCACUCUGCUGAUCGCUGA